CUCAGUGCCGGUAGGAGAGGGAGGCGACGUGGUUGCUGUGCUGGUGGUGUCGGUGUGGAGAGGGAGCGGUGGGGGUCGGGCGUGCCGCACAGUCACCGCACAGCCCCUCGGUGCUCGUGUCCCCGUCCCCUGUGAGGGUCGCCGGUGCCCCCCUGCCCGGCGCCGCACUGCUUCUGCUCCCCCGCGGGAUGCGGGCUCGGCCCGCCCCGCUAGCCGUCACCCCCGCGCCGGCCGCAGCAUGAGCGCGGCGAGCGACACGUAUUUCCUUAUAAAAGACAUAAAACCCGGACUGAAAAACUUAAAUGUCAUCUUUAUUGUGCUGGAGAUCGGGCGAGUCACCAAGACGAAGGACGGGCACGAGGUGAGGUCCUGCAAGGUGGCGGACAAGACGGGCAGCAUCACCAUCUGCGUGUGGGACGAGAUCGGCGGCCUCAUCCAGCCGGGGGACAUCAUCCGCCUGACCAAAGGGUACGCAUCUCUGUGGAAAGGAUGCCUGACACUUUACACGGGACGAGGAGGGGAGCUGCAUAAAAUUGGGGAGUUCUGCAUGGUGUACUCAGAAGUGCCAAACUACAGCGAACCCAACUCAGAACACGUUGGGCAGAACAAACUGGCACAGGGUGAACAGAAUAGUAUUUCUGCAUCAAGUGGUAUGGGUACUUGUACUUUUGGGCCAUUGGGAAAUGGUUUACAAACUGGACCUGAAGCAAGUGGAUUUCCAUUCACGUAUAACCACGGCCACAUUUAUGCAGGUAGUGGGAGAGGCAAUGGACGAGGACCUGUAAAUCCAGCACCAGCUAAUAGUGUUCAGCCUCUUCCCCCUGCUGUCAGUAACGGGAGGGACCCACGCAGGGCCUUUAAAAGAUGACUAUACCAAAUGUGGUUGUACAGCUUGCUUAAACUCUACACUCUACUUGAACACUUACUGCACUUUUAUUUAUAAUUAACUGUGAACCAGUUUGUCCUUUGGUUUGUUUAUUUUUUUACCUUUUUGGUGUAUGGAGCAAACUUGAUGUGAUCUAUUUCUUGUUUUGCAUCAGGGAAGCACAGUGAGUCUUCCCCGUACAUAAAGGGGGUAGGGGGAGAAGGUGGAUACGAGGAAGUAAGGGUCAGAGGUGAAAAUGUCUCAAGUAAAACUCAGUGCCCUUUGCUGAACAGAAGAAAAUUUCAGUUACAUACAUGUAUUUCUGUUGGUCAGCCAUGUAGCCUUAAUAGGUCUACUCUGUCCUGUGCACGCAUGUGUUGACUUCCAUUAGGGAUAAUGGGAGCUCUUCGUAUGGGAAGAGAAAUGAAGGGAAGAGCAAAAGUGCUCUGGUGAGCUAGGUGUCCUGGGAAUGAAUACGGCUUGUCAAGCAAUAAGUGUAAGGAAAUGGUGGUGCCAGACCUAGUGGUGUCUCUGGAAUCAGGGAAUGGAUAGCUUGGAUCAAAGCUGAAGAUGUGGUGAGUGUCAUGAAGCUUGACUGUGAUUCCAGAAAGGUGUACACGACUUGAAAAAUUCCCUCUAAACACCAUUAGCACUGUCAAGGAAAGUGACACUGAUUUUUGCUUUGGAUAGAAGCUUGGAUAUUCGUUCUUGCUUUGCAUGAGAUAGCAGAAUAGGAAGAUCUAAAUUCAGACAGUGUUGGGGAAUAUGCUUUUUGUAGCCUUUCUUCGUGUAAAAGCCCAAGGUUACUUUGCAGGAGCCUGAAUUUCCAGGAGUGGACUGUUCUCAAAUGCUGCAUUACCCAUCUCUUCAAUGAGUCUGCCUACUCCUCCUUCCUUCAUUCACUUUUCCAAAUAAAUUAUGUAUUAGAUGAAGCUGUAUUUGUGGAUUGCAGAGGUACUGGCCAAGCACACAGCUGCACUUGUGGUGCUGUUAAGCUUUCCUUCCUCUGUUUUAUAUGAAACAUGAAUUAUCCCUUGAAGAGCCCUCUCCAUAUCCUGGGGGCCAAAUAGCUGGUUUUAUUUCUGAGAUCACAAAUGCCUUGACUCUAGAUGAGAGUCCAGUGCCAUAUUUCAGAUCAGGUUCAAAAGCAGCUCGGAAACUGAGGUGUCAUACUGGAUUCAUCUGUUUAACUCUUCUUAACUGACCUCUCAAAUAAAAAAAAAAAUUGCACUAACCACAUCAAAAACAAAUCUAACUUUCUUUCUGUCAAGCCAUAAAGACUUCAUGACAAAAGGCUGUUUCUGGAUUGCGAGUUGUCUCUGUGGUCAUUCAUGUUCUUUGAAUCUACCGAUGUGUUACUAAUGUUUACAUUUGAUACUUCUUGCUUUUGGUACUCUAUCAUGAUUUGUUGAAAAUUGCUUCUAAUUGGUGCAAGUUCCCUGCCUGGUGUGAAAUGAAUUGAACUUUGUUUGAAAUGCAAGCAUCAGCAACAACAGAGUGCUGAAGGGAGGUUGAGAGAGACCUGUGUGCCCAGACACCUGAGGGUUGUUUGUCUCUACUCUGGUAAAGUGCUUUCCUGGUACUUCCAGCUGGAAUUAGUGAAACUUGUUUUGGACACAAGAGGGUGGCAUGCCUCAGGAGACUCUGCAUGCUGCUGUGGAAAGAAUACUGCUCAGUGGUGAAGCAAAAGCAGGCAUUUCUGGGGAAAUGGUGUAAGGAGGUGAUGUGUAACUCAGGGACUUUAAAUUGCAUACUUGUUUAAAUAAAUGUGAUGUAUAGUCUAGAUGCAUGGACAACAUUCUUCUGCAGUGUUGCUCUAAGACAUUUGAUAUGUGAGGAGGAAGCCAAGAGGACUUCUAAACCCAGGAAGUAUCUGUGAUGUGUUCCAGAGGUACAUAAGGUGUAAGUAUGGUGUGAGAGCCAUGCUGCCCAGUCAGUAGUAACUGUGAAAUUAGCAAGGUGAACAGUGCAGGUGAUGGCAUGGUGGGGUCUUGGUGUUCAUUGGAGUGAGCAUCUCCAGUGUGGAUCUCAAGUCCUGGUGGUCUUAACUUCUCUGUGGCAUAAAGAAGUUAAAAUCAAGGGCAGCCCUGUGUUAGUGUGUGCUGAGGUGCCUGAUGUUUGUAUCGCUGCAUCUGAGCUUUUAUUAAGCUAAUAAACAGAAUACUUGUUCACAAAUU